ACAGAAAGAGAGACAGACAGAGGGAGGAAGUGAGUCAGACAUAUUCAGAGACAGAGUGAGGCAGACAGAGACACACAUAUAGGGAGAACACAGAGGAGAGACACAGACUCACACACAAACCGUGGAAGGACAGAGAGGGGCAGACAGAGGGACAGAGUUGGAGGUUAGAUGAGAAACCCUCGGUAGGACAGAGAGAAUCAGGGAGAGCUAGGCUGUCUCCACAGAGACGCUCCAGAGCCUUGCCUGCAUGAAGCUGGAUUCACUGACUUGGUCUCAGCCUCUCUCCAAAUCUCCGUGUCCCUCCGGCCACAUCUGACUCUCUCUUCUGCCUGGGUCUGUUGUAGCUCUUCAGGACCAGCCCAGCAGCUUCUCCACAUCCUGCAUGAUGGGGCUACAGCUUUUGCUUCUCAAUCUGCUCAUGGCUGCUCCAGGGCUUUCCCAAGAUAACCGCAUUUUGGGGGGCAGCCCAUGCUCCCCCAACUCUCAGCCAUGGCAGGCGGCUCUCUUUGACGGGCCCCAACUGCGCUGUGGGGGUAUCCUGGUUCACCCCCGAUGGGUGCUCACUGCAGGGCACUGCUGGUUUAAGAGGUUGUAUGUGCGCCUGGGUGAGCACAAUCUUCGCCAGAAGGAUGGGACCGAGCAGUUCUUCACCAGCACCCGCAGAGUGCCCCAUCCGCAGUUCAACCCCAAAGCCAGAGAAAGGGACCAUGACCUCCAGCUGGUGCAGCUGUCCAAGCCGGCCACCCUGAACCGCGCCGUGAAGCCGGCGCCCCUCACCCACAGCUGUCCGGCCCCUGGCACCGACUGCCUCAUCUCCGGCUGGGGCACCAUCUCCAGCACUGAAGUUUUGAACCCGGAGGAACUUCAGUGCGCCUGGGUGAAGACAGUGGACCAAGAGCAGUGUCGAGCCAGAUACGGAGGUGCCAUCAAGGAGAGCAUGGUCUGCGCGGGGGUCCAGGAGGGGGGCACGGACACCUGCCAGGGGGAUUCAGGAGGCCCCCUGAUUUGUGGGGGUACCCUGGCAGGUGUAACGUCCUGGGGCCAACCACGAUGUGGACUCCCCAACACCCCGGGCGUCUACACCAACAUCUGUCGCCAUCUGGACUGGAUCCGCAGGGUCACCGGAAUCAAAUAGCUCCCUGAGGCUGCUUGGGGGAGUCACGACAUUCUGCACCCCAACCUCUCUUUGGGGGAAGCUGAUGGGGGUGCCACCCAGACGGUGCUCACGGGGGAGGGGUCAGAAAGGAGCCGGAUAACUGGAGACGGGACCUCCUUGUGGGCGGGGAACGUGUC